AUUACUUUUCCAUCAAUGGUCCAGUUUCAGAGUCUAUAUAUAUCAAAUUGUGGCAAGAGCGUCUCACAUUAUGGAAGGAACUUCUCGAGCUCUUUCUAAUACCAUAAGAUUCGUUGGUCUACUUGGUAGUCAUGCUCUUGGUAGCAAUCCAAGGUUCAUGGCUACAGCGGUUGAUCUAGGACGUGAAUUGGUAAGGCGAAAAAUCAGGCUUACCUACGGAGGAGGCAACGUUGGCCUUCAAGGAGCUGUAGCUUCAACAGUCUAUAAUAAUGGUGUUAGAGUCAGAGGUUUCAUACCAGGACCUAUUGGUCUCUUAAACAUUGACGGUUAUUUCAAUAACCUAAUCAAGUUUCUAGAUGAUGCAGUGAGGCAGAACUUCAUGGCUUCCAACCAGAGGAAACUUUUCAUUUCCUCUUUCUUUGUUGAUGAGCUUUUGGACAAGCUAGAGUUUGCUAAGGCUUUCCCAGGUCCUGGUGCUAGUUAUGAAGAGUUUGCAAAUCCUGGAAGCGAAACCGCUGAGUGGUACCACGCUAGAAUUGUAGAAUGAUUCAUAGACAUAUACAUAUACAUAUAUAUACGUCCACAAAAUGUAUAAAAAUAUUCAUGAUAUGGCACAUUAUAUCAUAUGUUCAAUUUGAUGAUAUAUGAUGGUGGAUAUUUAAUGAUGAUUACCUGAUGGCAUAUUUAAUCAAUAUAAUUAUUCUUGAUGAUGAUUACAUGACACUUAUGUAAUCAAUAUAAUUGUUCUUGAUGAUGAUUUCAUGACACUUAUGUAAUCAAUAUAAUUGUUCUUGAUGAUGAUUACAUGACACUUAUGUAAUCAAUGUACUUGAUGAUGAUAACAUGAUUUCACAUUUAAUCUAUUUGAUUGUUCUUGAUGAUGAUUACAUGACACCUAUGUAAUCAAUGUACUUGAUGAUGAUAACAUGAUGCAUGAACCUAAACGUGCAAGGACGACCCUUGCGCUAUGAGAUUCGCCCAGGUUGUACGACGAACUCACGCCACCUUAGUCUCACGAAUGAGGUGAGACUAGAAAAAUGGGGGUGGUACUCGAAAGCCUGAAUACCAUGUACGUACACUAAGCCCGGAGCGGGUGAUGUCGGACUGCUGAGUCCCGCA